GGAAAGGAAACGCCGACUUCUCCAUUCCAAAAUCCCCUCUGCCUCAUCUUUUAGCACUAACGGCUCUUUUUGAUCGAUGUGAAGCUUUGAGACCUUCUCUCCUUUGCGUCAGGACUGCUUUUGGUCGCUUUUCUGCUGCCCUUUGCGCAGUACCUGCUGUUGGCCCUGAGAAAACAACCGCCGUUCGAGAUUUGUGGCGCCUCAGAUUUAUUGAGCCCGAGUGCACAAAGUUGAUAGUUAGCCACCUAGCUAACUGUUAGCUUGCAGCCCUUUCUUGGUUCUAGCUUCGGGGGCGUCGUUUUUGGGCUACAGUCGGUUCCAGGCAGCUAGCAGCUACACCUGAAUGCCCCUUUUGGUGAGGUUUAGAGCUGUUGUUUGUAGCUAAAGUGCUCCAUACUGGCUGCUCGCUGCUAAACCAGCGUAAAAAGCCCGGAAGGAAGCCAAAGUGAAGGCCGGAGUCCAGCACCACCAAGAGCCGCCUCCGUCAGAGUGUUUGUACCGCCGCGCAGUGAGAGUUGACAGCUUACUUGGUGACACAGAGACUUCUCCCUGAGGAGCCAAGAAGCAGACGGCUCAUGACUUCUGACCAGGACACGAAAGUUGUCGCUGAACCACAGGUGCAGCAAGUACAAGAGGCAAAAGAGAACUCUCAUUUGGAAUCAGCCAAGGUUUCAGACCUCAACCCCAAUGCGAAAGCAUGGGCCAACCACAUGUUUAGCCUGGACACCAGCGGGACUGCUGACACCACCACCACUGCUGCCCUGCAGCCAUGGAAGGAAGGCUGCGAUAGUUCGGCCGACCCCGGCCCUGAAGGCUUUGAAGCCAGUGAGGACAGAGCUUACAAGGAGCCUCAGCUAACUGACCCAGAUGAGCCUCCACCAGCACCAGUAAUGCUAGGAGAGCCGGCCCCCGUUGCCACCAUCACACUGGAGGGCUCCGAGCCCGCCUACACAGAGUACCCCGAGCCUGGGCAGCCAGGGGACACAGGCAGUGAUUCUCAGCCUGACAACAGCCAGGACAGUUUAAGGGAGCACCUGAAGAAGACCCUGGAGUUCUGCCUGUCCCGGGAGAACCUGGCCAGUGACAUGUACCUCAUCUCCCAGAUGGACAGCGACCAGUACGUGCCAAUUGUGACGGUGGCCAACCUGGACCACGUCAAGAAGCUGAGCACUGACGUGGAGCUGAUAGUAGACAUUUUACGAUCUUUGCCAUUGGUCCAGGUGGAUGAGAAGGGGGAGAAGGUGCGACCCAAUCAGAACCGCUGCAUUGUGAUCCUCCGAGAGGUUCCAGAGAGCACACCUAUAGAGGAGGUGGAAGCCCUUUUCAAAGGGAACAAUUUACCCAAGUUUAUCAACUGUGAAUUUGCCUACAACGACAACUGGUUCAUUACCUUUGAAUCUGAAGCAGAUGCUCAGCAGGCAUAUCAGUAUCUUCGUGAAGAAGUGAAGACCUUCCAAGGGAAGCCAAUUAAGGCGAGGAUAAAGGCGAAGGCAAUCGCUAUCAACACUUUCAUGCCAAAGAACGGCUACCGGCCAGUAGAGGUGAACCCAUACGCCCAGCAGCGCUACACGUCCUACUACAUCCCACCUGUUUACAGCCCGCAGCAGCAGUUCCCUUUGUACAGCCUCAUCACGCCGCAGGCCUGGUCCACGCACAGCUUCAUCGACCCAGGGCUGGUCACGCCCUUUCACAACAACCAGUUCAUCAAUGGGUUCACCACGUCACACAGCUUCAAACCAGCAUCAUCACCGCUUACCGUCAGACACUUCUCACCCAGGAACAGGAAUCACAGUAAACCCCACCUGAGGCCGGCCAUCCCCACGGCAGACCGUACCACCGGGCUCCUGGAUAGCCCCAGCCUCUUUCCCAACUUCCCCUCUGAGAGGCUGAACGGCGUACGCAGCAGCCCGCCGACGCGGCUCCCCUCCUCUCAGCCCAGGACCAGGUUACCCUCCACAGCGGCCUUCCCUCGCAGAGACGUCGCGGGCACAGGACGCGCGACCGAACCUCUGAUUCCAGAUUAUUCCCUGGGAGUCGGCCGGGGAAGGAAAAAGAGGGAUGAAAAGUUUACAAGAGCCGCUCCUCAGUCGCCACCGCCUCCUCCCAAACCUCCGUCUCCAAGCUUCGAACUUGGCCUCUCCAGCUUCCCCCCGCUUCCCGAAGCAGCCGGACAGCUCAAGGCUGACGAGGCAUUCGACAACCGACUGGCGAGCAGUGUGGUUGUUGGAACCACUAAAGAGCGGCAUGUCAGUGCAGAGUCCAGCAGCAGCGCCCUCCCUCCAGCGGGUCCCAAAGAGCCCCUCCGGUCCUCCGCCUCCCCGCUGCCUCCAAGCUUCCAGCCCUCACCCACAACCCCAACCGCUCCCCCAGCCUCGACCACAGCGACCACAGCCCCCAGCAUGCCGCACAGUCCCGACCCCUCGGCCUCACUGGAGGUUACCGAGGUGAAGCCCAAGGAGGCACAGCCAUCUGUGGAGCGCGUUCCCGGUACUCUGUCCACCUCCAGCAAAUCGGUGCAAGUGAACGGCGCUGCCACGGAGCAGAAGAAGCCCUCCUACGCUGAGAUCUGCCAGCGAGCGAAGGAGAACCUGACAUCACUGCACUCUGCCCCCACCAAGGAAGCAAAGCCAAGCUGCGCUGCCCCCGCAGGCGAGGAGAGAAAGUGCACUGACACCCCCACCCCAUCAGGGGAGCACAAGGCUAGAGAGACUUACCACCCCUCCUCCAAAGGCGGCCCUGCCUCCAUCACCCAGGGCAGACCGUUAAAGGAGGGCCGAAGGCCAGCCGGGCGGUGGGCCUCCCCGCCCCCACACCCAGGAAAAACCUCCAGCAAAGAUGCCCACCACACCCCACCCAAGUCCCCUCAGUAAAGUGGCUCCUGGCCCCUCCUCUUCCUCCACUACGCUCCACAUAUGAGUUUAAAAAACAGAAAAUAAGUCAGGGCUACUCAACCUAUAUCCCAGUAUCCCACAUAUUUAUAAAAGCAGUGCUGUUUUUUUUUUUUUUUAAUGAGACAGUUUUGGGGGUGGGCCAUGUUAAAGUCUCUGUACUCAUAAAAUGUAUAAAAAAAAAGAGAAAAUCCAUCCAGUGUUUGAAAAACUUGAAUUUUAUUUAAACUUGAAAAAUAACUUUGCCUUAACUUUUCUACAAGAAGAGCAUCAAUUUUUUUUUUCUUUUCACUGAUAAAAAUCCCCCCGAUGAGCUUAAUGAAGCGAAACCGUAGAAAAUAUUUUGUGUUAAAGUCUUAUGUUAGAGAGAAAAAAAUAAAUCUGGCAGCGUUUACUUUUCUUUUUUUUUUCUGUAAAAAUUGUAUGAAAGAUGAAAACUAAGGUUUUGCUUCCUCGUUUUAGUUUCAGGUUGUUUUUCUUAGUACUUUUUUUGGGGGGGAGGGUUGCGAGGGAACGUUAUAAACCUUGUAAAUGCAACUAGUCCAAACUGUAUUAAAAAUGUGCACUUUCAAGUAUGUGCUUUGCUUGUACAGUUGUAAAUACUCAGAAAACUAUAAGAGGUACCUUAAAAUGAUUAUAAAAAAUAUAUUGAUCCUUGUUAACUAUAAUGUCGCUGGAUGUAGGAUAUAAAAAAAAAAAACAAGUGUUGUUGUGCUUUUGGAUUUUUAUUUUUUAAUGAUUAGUUUGCAGAGUUUGAUUUCUGUUUAAAUGAUAUGUUUUUGUUGUCUGGCAUUCCAUCGUUGUUUUUGGCUCCGCCUUCGCCCUCAGGUGAGCCUGUGACCCCACUCCUCCUCAUCCUCGGCCAGCAAAAUUUGGAGAAAACCCAACCGGCGUCCUCUUUACCAGCCCAGCUUCUCUUUCACUGCAGAUUUUCAAUAUUUAGCUUCAGAUUUGAGCUUUUUUUUGUUUAAAGUCUGAAUGCAGUAGCACUACAUAUUUAUUCUCCACACAUCAGCAGCAACCACUAAAGUCUCCAACGUCAGGAUGAUUAGAUUUAAUUUAAAAGGACAAAAAGUAUUAUGACAUGAUGUGCAUCUGAACACUAAAAUUCAAACUUAAACUGUAAAUGGCUGAAAGUUUCCAUCCUUGUUGGAAAGGAGACAUUUUAGAUGCAGAAAUAAUCUAAAAUGCAGCUGAUGAGAAUCUAGUUUUAAAAGACAGCUAAGGUGCUAAAAGCUUAUUAUAAACUUUAUCUUAUUGUCAAAGUCUGCAUCAAAUUGAGUUUAAAAUUUCUCAAAGAUCCCUGACAUCAUCUCUCUGAAGCUAUUCUUGGUGACGUUUGGGAUGAAAUUAAAUUACUGUUAAGAAGAUUAGAGAAAUUUGGUUUGUAUUUGAAACAUACUGUUGAUUAAAUUUGAUUUAACUGGAUUUUUUUCACUUCCGAUAUUAAACCAGGGAACCCUGAUGAGUUGAAGAUCAUUCCCCAGAAAGCCAGCAGUUUCCCAUAAGAUCAGAAAAUCUGAAGCUGGUGAAAGAGAAGCUUGUCUGACAGUCGGGGUUAAACUGAAUUAAUCCCGACCCGUCCAGAUACUGGGCCGCAAACAGCAAUGCUCCAGGGACACGUCUUGAUCCCAAAGCACAUUUCCACCUCAUCAGCUUGUGCAGCAGGCGGCAAAUGAUCCCCUAAAGCCUCCGCAGUGGGUCUAAGAUGAAAUGUUGAAAAAGGAAAAGAUCUUCCCACCUGUUUUAUGCGAGACGGAGAAAAACUUUGCAACUUCUUGUGCUUUUUUGAAUUUUUUUUUUCUUUUUUACUUGUCUUCAUGAUUGAUGUACAAAUAAUUCAAUACAGUGCUUAACUGGAAUCACUGAUUAGUUGUUUAUCUAUUGGUUCUGUGGCACAUUUCCUGUGAAAAGCAUACGGCCUGCUGUCUGUAUCCUAACUGAGCUGAAACAUCUCAUGAUGAGAGCUGAGGACGCCUCCGACUGCAGGUGGAGGAGCAUCCCUGGGCUUCUGAACGUGUGCAUGUUAGGAGAAUGAGACUCUGGACCUCAGCCUGGAUGGUCUUAAUGUUUGCCUCAUAUCAGCCCAUCCUCCUCCUCCCUGUUCUCACGGUGCCAUUCUUUCUUUGGGUUUUUCUCUCUGGCUGCAUAUCUCGUCAGAAAAUGUGACUUUAUCAAAGACGUGACGACGAGCGCACGACGUGGGACUGGAUACUGGGACUCGUUGGUCAGCUCACUGUGGUCUAACUCAUUAACACCCUUCCUGAGCUAACAGCUGUGGACAAUCGCCGACCCCCCCGCCGCGGCGGGGUUCGGACACAAGACUUUUAACACAAGCAGGAUGGCGGUCGCAGCAAAGAGGGCUUCUUUUGGUUGUUUUGUUUUUACUUUCUGGGUUAUUUGUUGUUUUUUUUUCUUCCAUUGAGACUGGAAUCAAACGUACAUGUUGGCUCUAGAUAAUUUAAGUUACUCUUGUGUCAUGACGUAAAACUGUCUAAUUUGGAGAGAAAAAAUGUAGCUUAAUGAAAAUAAAGAUUUAGGCACUGUUGAAGAGC